AUGGCGCCUAAGCGUUCUGACAAGCCAGAGUGGCGAGUUGAUCCGAAUACUGGGCAGAAGGUGAGAUGGUCCGAAUCGAAGCAAGCCUGGGUCAACGAGAAUGGCAAGACUGUGAGCAAGGCGAAGACCUUGCCAGAGCGCGCUUCAUCAUCUUCCGCUCGUCGAACGGACAGUGGUUCCACACCGACCAACAUACCACGUAAAGACAGCGCCACUGCUGGUGGUAGCGAUGCCUUGGCACGUUCGAUGGAGCAGAUGGCGCCACCCAGCACUUCCAAAUCACCAGUCCCGACUGCCCAAUUCCCCCUCAGUGGUACGGAUCCAACGUCACAAAUACAGACUCGCUGGGGUUUCGACCCCUUGGGCUCCGUCCCCAACCCUGGAGGGUCAUCGAUGCGACCAGUGAACCUCAAAAGAAUUCGAGAAGGCAACGGAGCCUCGCAGACAAGAUUUCAACGUGGCUAUAUCACUAGCGAGGAUCCCAACCAUGAUUACAGACCAAGUCGGGUUAUCGAGGUACUCCUUGUGCCGCCACCGCAGACCAGUGAUCCUGGCGAUUCUCGGAUCACUCCCAAUGGAAGCACUGGCCUUGUGAGGCUUCGCCGCUUCAUCAUCUUCGAACAGUCACCUGACCAAGAAAGGUUCAGAGCCGUAGCUAUCAAAACAUACAAUGCUCAGGGUGUUGCCGCCCCGGGAGUGAUCAAAGCACACCAUUCAAUCGUCUACACUGGUCAGCCGCGGAUGAGGGCUGACGAACGACCGAAUGAUCCUGGCGAUGCAGAUCGGAUGCAACCUCAUGCCAUACGAGUGCAGCAAUACGACCAAGAGCAGGCGUUGGAUCCCUUAGCUCGUAUCGACUACACUGACAUCUAUGAGCUCGAUUACGACUUCCCAAACAUCAAGCUGUUUGGCAAGGUGCACACUGACUCUUGGCCAUCAUUCAUGCUGCAAUAUCGAAGCGUCUGGGCCACAAUCCAGGGCGCAAUCACAGGUCCACGACUACUACCCACGAUUCAAGACGUUCCAGAAGCAGAGACUCCCCGUGCUGGGACCGAGAGUGUCACUUCCGCCCGGACAGUCGUUAGAGCUAACCCACCUCAGUCAUCAACAGCCAGCACAGAUCAUACGCGUGCAGACUCUGGACCUAUCUCGGAUGCGCAAAUGGUCCGUCUAAUGGACAACCUCAGAAUCAGAGCCGCACAAAAUGGAUGGACCAUUGGGACGGAACCUGACGACCGCCAGAUACACCGGAUGGCCCGAGACUCCGAGCGACGUGCCCAAUAUCUCGGUAUCAUCAGGGACCGGUGGAACGGUGAAAGAGAACGAGCGGCGGCGGCGGCAGCAGCAGCAGCCGAAAAUGUCGAAGACGACGAAGACGAUGAAGAAGAAGAAGAACAAGAAGAGGAAGCAGAAGCACAAGAAGAAGAAGAAGAAGAAGAAGAAGACGAGACGCCUGUGGCUCAACCACCAGUACGCCGUGCUUCGCACCGAGGGACUCGAUAG